AUGAAACUGCGUGGAGUCAGCCUGGCUGCCGGCUUGUCCUUACUGGCCCUGAGUCUUUGGGGGCAGCCCGCAGAGGCUGCGGCUUGCUAUGGGUGUUCUCCAGGAUCAAAGUGUGACUGUAGUGGUAUAAAAGGAGAAAAGGGGGAGAGAGGAUUUCCAGGUUUGGAAGGCCACCCAGGUUUGCCUGGAUUUCCAGGUCCAGAAGGGCCCCCAGGGCCUCGGGGACAAAAGGGUGAUGAUGGAAUUCCAGGGCCACCAGGACCAAAAGGGAUCAGAGGUCCUCCUGGACUUCCUGGAUUUCCAGGGACACCAGGUCUUCCUGGAAUGCCAGGCCAUGAUGGGGCCCCAGGACCUCAAGGUAUCCCUGGAUGCAAUGGAACUAAGGGAGAACGUGGAUUUCCAGGCAGUCCCGGUUUUCCUGGUUUACAGGGUCCUCCAGGACCUCCUGGGAUCCCAGGUAUGAAGGGGGAACCGGGUAGUAUAAUCAUGUCAUCACUGCCGGGACCAAAGGGUAAUCCAGGAUAUCCAGGUCCUCCUGGCAUUCAAGGCCCAGCUGGUCCCCCUGGUAUACCAGGGCCAAUUGGUCCCCCAGGACCACCAGGUUUGAUGGGCCCUCCUGGCCCACCAGGACUUCCAGGACCAAAGGGGAAUAUGGGAUUAAAUUUCCAGGGACCCAAGGGUGAGAAGGGUGAGCAAGGUCUUCAGGGCCCCCCUGGGCCACCUGGGCAGAUCAGUGAACAAAAAAGACCAAUCGACGUAGAGUUUCAGAAAGGAGAUCAGGGACUUCCUGGUGACCGAGGGCCUCCUGGACCCCCAGGGAUACGUGGUCCUCCAGGCCCUCCAGGUGGUGUGAAAGGUGAGAAGGGUGAGCAAGGAGAGCCUGGCAAAAGAGGUAAACCAGGCAAAGAUGGAGAGAAUGGCCAACCAGGAAUUCCAGGUUUGCCUGGUGAUCCUGGUUACCCUGGUGAACCAGGAAGAGAUGGAGAAAAGGGUCAAAAAGGUGACACUGGCCCACCUGGGCCUCCUGGACUUGUAAUACCUAGGCCUGGGACUGGUGUAACUGUAGGAGAAAAAGGAAACAUUGGGUUACCUGGCUUGCCUGGAGAUAAAGGAGAUCGAGGAUUUCCUGGGAUACAAGGUCCACCAGGCCUUCCUGGACCUCCAGGACCUGCAGUUAUAGGUCCUCCUGGACCCCCUGGCUUUCCUGGGGAAAGGGGUCAGAAAGGUGAUGAAGGUCCACCUGGAAUUUCCAUUCCUGGAUCUCCUGGACUUGAUGGACAGCCUGGGGCUCCUGGCCCUCCUGGCCCCCCUGGCCCUCCCGGCCCUCACAUCCCUCCUAGUGAUAAGAUAUGUGAAGCAGGCCCUCCUGGCCCUCCAGGAUCUCCAGGUGAUAGAGGACUCCAAGGAGAACAAGGAAUGAAAGGUGACAAAGGUGACACCUGCUUCAACUGUAUUGGAACUGGUGUUUCAGGGCCUCCAGGUCAGCCUGGUUUGCCAGGUCUUCCAGGUCCCCCAGGAUCUCUUGGUUUCCCUGGACAGAAGGGCGAAAAAGGACAUGCUGGUGCUACUGGUCCCAAAGGAUUAACAGGCAUACCAGGAGCUCCAGGUACUCCAGGCUUUCCUGGACCUAAAGGUGAACCCGGUGACAUCCUCACAUUUCCAGGAAUGAAGGGUGACAAAGGAGAUUUGGGUUCCCCUGGAGUUCCAGGGCUUCCUGGUUUACCUGGCACCCCUGGACAGGAUGGAUUGCCAGGACUUCCUGGCCCCAAAGGAGAACCUGGUGGAAUGGCUUUUAAGGGUGAAAGAGGUCCCCCUGGGAACCCAGGUUUGCCAGGUCUCCCAGGAAAUAGGGGGCCUAUGGGCCCUGUUGGUUUUGGCCCUCCAGGUCCAGUAGGUGAAAAAGGCAUACAAGGUGUGGCAGGAAAUCCAGGCCAACCAGGAAUACCAGGUCCUAAAGGUGAUCCAGGUCAGACCAUAACCCAACCAGGGAAGCCUGGCCUGCCUGGCCACCCAGGCAGAGAUGGUGAAGUAGGUCUUCCAGGUGAACCUGGACUCCCAGGCCAGCCAGGCUUGCCAGGAAUACCUGGUAGUAAAGGCGAACCGGGUAUCCCUGGAAUCGGGCUUCCUGGACCACCUGGUCCCAAAGGUUUUCCUGGAAUUCCAGGACCUCCAGGAGCACCUGGAUCACCUGGAAGAAUCGGUCUUGAAGGUCCUUCUGGGCCACCAGGCUUUCCAGGACCAAAGGGAGAACCAGGAUUUGGGCUACCUGGGCCACCUGGGCCUCCAGGACUCCCAGGUUUCAAAGGAAUACUUGGUCCAAAAGGGGAUCGUGGUUUCCCAGGACCUCAAGGUCCUCCAGGACAAGCUGGCUUGGAUGGGCUACCUGGACCAAAAGGUGACAUUGGACCAAAUGGACAACCUGGGCCAAUGGGACCUCCUGGAUUGCCAGGAACGGGUUUUCAGGGACCACCAGGGCCACCAGGAAUUCCUGGACCAAUAGGCCAACCUGGUCUACCAGGCCUGCAUGGACUACCAGGAGAGAAGGGGGAUCCAGGGCCUCCUGGAUUUGAUGUUCCAGGACCUCCUGGUGAGAGAGGCAGCCCAGGGAUCCCUGGAGCACCAGGUCCUAUGGGACCCCCAGGGUCACCAGGGCUCCCAGGAAAAGCAGGUGCCUCUGGCUUUCCAGGUGCCAAAGGUGAAAUGGGUAUGAUGGGACCUCCAGGCCCACCAGGACCUUUGGGAAUUCCUGGCAGGAGUGGUGUUCCUGGUCUCAAAGGUGAUGAUGGUUUGCAGGGUCAGCCAGGACUUCCUGGCCCUGCAGGAGAGAAAGGUAGUAAAGGAGAGCCUGGCCUUCCAGGCCUUCCUGGGCCAAUGGAUCCAGAUCUGCUGGGCUCAAAAGGAGAGAAAGGGGACCCUGGCCUACCAGGUAUUCCUGGAGUUGCAGGGCCAAAAGGUUACCAGGGUUUGCCUGGAGACCCAGGGCAACCUGGACUGAGCGGACCACCUGGAUUGCCAGGACCAUCAGGUCCCAAGGGUAACCCUGGUCUCCCUGGAAUGCCAGGACUUACAGGACCUCCUGGACUUAAAGGAAACAUCGGUGAUAUGGGUUUUCCAGGCCCACAGGGUGCAAAAGGGUCUUCUGGACCUCCUGGAGUUCCUGGACAACCUGGCUCCCCAGGAUUACCUGGACAGAAAGGAGAAAAAGGUGAUCCUGGUAUUUCAGGCAUUGGUCUUCCAGGUCUUCCUGGCCCAAAGGGUGAACCUGGUCUGCCUGGAUACCCAGGGAACCCUGGUACCAAAGGUUCUAUGGGAGAAACUGGUUUGCCUGGAUUACCAGGGACCCCUGGAGCAAAAGGACAGCCAGGCCUUCCUGGAUUCCCUGGAACCCCAGGCCUUCCUGGACCAAAAGGUAUUAAUGGUCCUCCUGGGAACCCUGGCCUUCCAGGAGAACCUGGUCCUGUAGGUGGUGGAGGUCGUCCUGGGCCACCAGGGCCUCCAGGUGAAAAAGGCAAACCAGGUCAAGAUGGUAUUCCUGGACCAGCUGGACAGAAGGGUGAACCAGGUCAACCAGGCUUUGGAAUCCCAGGACCCCCUGGACUUCCAGGACUUUCUGGUCAAAAGGGUGAUGAAGGAUUACCUGGCAUUCCAGGAAACCCUGGCCUUCCAGGUCCAAAGGGUGAACCAGGCUUUCAUGGUUUCCCUGGUCUGCAGGGUCCCCCAGGCCCUCCUGGUUCUCCAGGUCCAGCUCUGGAAGGCCCUAAAGGCAGCCCUGGACCCCAAGGUCCUCCUGGGAGACCAGGUCCUACAGGUUUUCAAGGUCCACCAGGUCCAGAAGGUCCCCGGGGUCUACCUGGAAGUGGGGCUAUUAAAGGAGAAAGAGGUAACCCAGGCCAACCUGGGCAACCUGGUUUGCCUGGUUUGAAAGGUGAUCAAGGUCCUCCAGGACUCCAGGGUAACCCCGGCCGGCCAGGUCUCAAUGGAAUGAAAGGAGAUCCUGGUCUCCCUGGUGUUCCAGGAUUUCCAGGCAUGAAAGGACCCAGUGGAGUACCUGGUUCAACUGGCCCUGAGGGGGAUCCAGGACUUAUUGGCCCACCAGGUCCCCCUGGAUUACCUGGUCCUUCAGGACAGAGUAUUGUAAUCAAAGGAGAUGCUGGCCCACCAGGGAUUCCAGGCCAGCCUGGAUUAAAAGGUUUACAAGGACUCCCAGGACCUCAGGGUUUACCAGGUCCAAUUGGCCCUCCAGGAGAUCCUGGACGCAAUGGACUCCCUGGCUUUGAUGGUGCAGGAGGACGCAAAGGAGACCCAGGUUUGCCAGGCCAGCCAGGUACUCGUGGCUUGGAUGGUCCCCCCGGGCCAGAUGGAUUGCAGGGUCCUCCAGGUCCCCCUGGAACCUCUUCUAUCGCCCAUGGGUUUCUCAUCACACGUCACAGCCAGACAACAGAUGCUCCACAAUGCCCACAGGGAACCAUCCAGGUGUAUGAAGGCUUUUCUCUCCUGUAUGUACAAGGAAAUAAAAGAGCUCAUGGUCAAGACUUGGGAACAGCCGGCAGCUGCCUUCGUCGUUUCAGUACCAUGCCUUUCAUGUUCUGCAACAUCAAUAAUGUUUGCAACUUUGCUUCAAGAAAUGAUUAUUCUUACUGGCUCUCCACCCCAGAGCCCAUGCCAAUGAGCAUGGAACCCCUGAAGGGGCAGAGCAUCCAGCCAUUCAUUAGUCGAUGUGCAGUAUGUGAAGCUCCUGCCGUGGUGAUUGCAGUCCACAGUCAGACCAUCCAGAUUCCCCGUUGUCCUCAGGGAUGGGAUUCUCUCUGGAUUGGUUAUUCCUUCAUGAUGCACACAAGUGCAGGGGCAGAGGGCUCAGGCCAAGCCCUGGCCUCCCCUGGUUCCUGCUUAGAAGAGUUUCGUUCAGCUCCCUUCAUUGAGUGUCAUGGGCGGGGGACCUGCAACUAUUACGCCAACUCCUACAGCUUUUGGCUGGCGACUGUAGACGUGUCAGACAUGUUCAGCAAACCUCAAUCAGAAACGCUGAAAGCAGGGGACUUGAGGACACGCAUUAGCCGAUGCCAAGUGUGCAUGAAGAGGACAUAG